GUUUUCUCCCCCCCCCCCCUUCUCCGCCUCGGCUUCCUCCUCCUCCUCCUCCUCCUCCUCCUCCUCCCCGCGCGGCUCCUUGCGCGGCUGGCUCCCUUUGGAUCGCGGUGCGCGGCGGCGGCGGCGGCGGCUGGGCCGAGUGCGCGCAAGAUGUCCUCUGCGGCGGCGGCGGCGGCGUCGGGGGGCGGCUCGCGGCGACAGUGGUGCUACCUGUGCGACCUGCCCAAGAUGCCGUGGGCCAUGAUCUGGGACUUCAGCGAGGCCGUGUGCCGCGGCUGCGUCAACUUCGAGGGCGCCGACCGCAUCGAGGUGCUGAUCGAGACGGCGCGCCAGCUCAAGCGCGGCCACGUCCUGCACGAGGGCCGCUCGCCGGGGCCGCCGCCGGGCGCCAAGCCCCAGCCCCAGCCCCAGCCCCACCCGCCCCAGCCGCAGCACGUCGCCAAGGAGCCGCCCGCCCUGGAGCGCUACGAGCCCCGCUGCGCCCGCCUGCCCGCCGACUACGCGCUCGGCCCGCGCCUCCCCAAUGGCCUGGCCCGCGGCGGCGGCGUCGAGGAAGGGGAGGGCAGCCGCCAGAGCCCCACCGCGCGCCGCGCCCUCGUGCCGCCCAGCCUGGGGCUGCUGGGGGCCCCCCAGGGCCUGCUGGCCGCCGUCUCCGGCCUGGGGGGCCGCCCCGCCGCCCUGGCCGUGGCCUCGCCCUCCCCGGGGCUGGGCGAGCCGGGCAAGCUGGCGCGGGGGGGCUACGCCGUCGACUACGAGAAGGAGAAGCAGCGCAACGCGGAGUGCCUGGCCGAGCUGAACGAGGCCAUGCGCGGGCGGGCCGAGGAGUGGCACGGCAAGCCCAAGGCCGUGCGCGACCAGCUGCUGGCCCUCUACGGCUGCGCCCCCUUCAGCGUGCGCUUCAAGAAGGACCACGCCCUGGUGGGGCGCAUCUUCGCCUUCGACGCCGCCCCCCGGCCGGGCUACGAGUACGAGCUGAAGCUGUUCGCCGAGUACCCGUGCGGCUCGGGCAACGUCUACGCCGGCGUGCUCGGGGUGGCCAAGCAGAUGUUCCAGGACUGCCUGAAGGACCCCGGCAAGGUCAUCUCCUCCGGGUACAAGUACCUGGAGUACGAGAAGCGCCACGGCUCCGGGGACUGGCGCCUGCUGGGCGAGCUCUUCACCGAAGGGGUGCGCUUCUUCCGAGAGGCCCUGGCGCCGGAGGCCGUGCCCCAGCAGUUCCUGGACGGCAGCUGCGCCGUGCCCCCCAGCCUGCUCCUGAGGACGGCGCCCCCGACCCGGGCCGUCGCAAGGAGGCGCAAGGCCUCUCCGGAGCCCGAGGGCGAAGCCCUGGGGAAGCUGACCGGCGAGGAGCAGCAGCAGAGACAGCACUGGCUGCCGCAAGGAUCGGGCGGCAUCUACCCGUCCGGCAUGGCGCACCUGCCGACUUCGGGCGGCCCGGGGCCCUUGCCCGAAGGCUCCUUGAGGAACGACCCUUCCCCCAUCACCGCUCUGAAGAACGUGGCCGACACUCUGGGCAACAAGGAAGUCAACCCGGUCCACUCCACCACCGCCAGGCAAAACAGCGCCAGCCCCGCGUCGCCUGCCGCGUCGGGCCAACACCGACUGGUGCCCCGCAACGGCGAGCCGGGCCAAGCCACCACCCCCUCUUCCUCGGGGGCCCACUCCUCCGGGGGGGUCGAGCCCAGCGGCACGCAGAGCGCCCCCGACUCCUCGGGAGGGGCCGGCACCACCCCCCUGUGCUGCACCAUCUGCCACGAGCGGCUGGAAGACACCCACUUCGUGCAGUGCCCUUCGGUGCCCGGGCACAAGUUCUGUUUCCCUUGCUCCCGGGAUUUCAUUAAAGCCCAAGGCGCCGCGGGAGAGGUGUAUUGCCCCAGCGGGGAGAAGUGCCCCCUGGUGGGCUCCAACGUCCCCUGGGCCUUCAUGCAGGGCGAGAUCGCCACCAUCUUAGCCGGAGACGUGAAAGUAAAAAAAGAGCACGACCCGUGAAAAGGGACAACGGCCGAGAUCCGGGGCGUCGCGCCGGGGUUGCCUCCCUUCACCCCCCUCCCUCCCCCCCACCCUCCGCUGUGGCAGUGACUGGAAUUAGUAACUUAUCCCCCUCCCCCCGACGCCCUCUUUAACCUCCUGGGGACUGAGGCAUUGUACAUAAAUCUAUUUUUUAAAUAAUAUUUCCAUAGUAAGCUUAUAUAUGAAGCUGCAUCUAUGUAACCUACUACGACGGGCGUGGGUGGGAGGGAGGGGUGGGGAAUCAAUCAACUUUGCUACUCAGUAGUGUAAACGGGAAAGGGAAAUUUUAAACUGGGGGGGUGGGGUAGGGGGCAUUUGGCGAGGAACAGGAGUGGGGCUCUGGUUGUUAAAGAUCAGAGUUUGCUAAGGGACUGCCCCGGGUACUGGGGGGCAGAGGCGGGUUUCCGGAAGAGGGCCGGGCUGAAAACAGACGUGGUGUGAAGGUCAGCUGUGGGAAUUCACGGAGAGAGCUGACCUGACUUGUGCUCCUUUGGAUACAGACUGUGGUCCCGUUACACGUUGUUAGGACGGGAUUGGCACUCGUGCUUCUUUGGAAGGUGCGUUUUUCCGCCACGCCCGUGGCGCCACGCUGAGCUCCUUCCCCGCCACCAUCUUGGAAAGAACGUGCAGAUUGGCUCGCUGGCAGUCUCCGGGGAGGCUGAGAAGCAAAGCGCGAAAGCAGGAAGAAUCAGCCCGUGCCCAAUAUCUGGCGCUCCAAGGCAGACUGCUUGUGAGCAUGGAAGAUCCAUUUGGCAUCAGUGGACUGAUAAAGCCCUUUGUACUGUGUGGCCGUGGUUGGUCUCGCUUUGGAAGGCAGCCUAGAGGAUGUGUUUCUUUAAAACGGGGAGGGGGGCAUCCGUUCAGUUGUUCAUAUUGUUCCACCCGUCACAAACACGCUCUGUGUCCACCGAAACAUUCCAUCCCUCACGCUCCUGGCUCUCUUCUUCCCAAGCCGCGAAACCUUUGUGAAAGCCCCCCAUAAACUUUGUGGACGUCCCUUAAUCCCGAGCUCAACCUCCCCUUCACUCCACCCCCAGUCCUAGGUUCCGAACCCACCCACCCCCGGCUUUGCCGAUUCCCCUCGGACUUUUGGCCAGCCACCGAAUCUCUGGAGCGGACCCUGUAACCGUGCGAUUUAUUUAGACUCCAGAAUUCGGUAGUAGCCAUCUUGGAUGCUGGUUACUCACCUAUAGCAGGGAAGGGCAUGUGGGAACCCUACGGAAGCCGGGAGGUUUGACCCACGAGUAUGUGGCGUGUGCAAGGCGGAGCAAAAAGUGCCUCAUGUAGAUUUGGGUUGGGGGGGAGGGUGUUAUUUUUUCAUACCAAAAGAUUAAAGCAUGCACACCAAAAACAUUUUUUUAAAAUUGCAGAAUUUUAGGGCAAAGUUGAUCCAAGGAGAGGCACGGGUGGGUCUGUUUAAACAGCGCACUGGGAUGCUCUUAUGUAGGGGAAGAUCCUAGUGAUUUGCGCCCCGGGUAAGGGGAGCCCGGAUCGCCGCGGGCCAAAAAAGGAAUCGGGAGUCUUUGCUUUUUCCAUCUCAUUUUUCUACCAGGUGCCUCUUUCUGACGCCCAAACGAUUUCGACCCCUUGACUGACGCAGCCGGGUCUGAGCCGGCAGCCUGAUAACAUUUGUCUUUUUGUUGUUUAAUUCCCGGCUCCAACCAAAAGAAAAAUGGCUGUGGAGAUGAGAACAGGGGCAAAUCCGUAGAUCAGGGAUCCCCAACCGUAGAUCAGGGAUCACCGCCCAGAGCCCCUGGAGGAUGGGGCGGUAUAAAAGUUUAAUAAAUAAAAUAAAUAAAAUAAACCUGUCUGAGCCUUUCUCACCAUGGUGGGCGCGGCCACAAAAUGGCUGCUGCAAGAGGUGGACCCGGCCACAAAAUGGUUGCCACAGCUUAACUGUAACACAGUGUAGGUGCUCCUGUUGUGGAGGCGGCGGCUGCCAAAGCAACAUUUUUUUUAAAAAAAUCUGCACUGCCAAUCAAAUCUCAAAUAGUCCCUCAGGGGUCUUGUUGGGCAAAAGCCCUACCUGGCAGGUGUCAGAAAAGGUGUCCGUGGGUACCUGUGGGUACCGUGUUGGGGACCCCUGGCCCAGACGGAGGGAUUUUUGUUUGGAGAAGUGGCAGGGGGGCCUCGUUUCACCUGGAUGUGGAGGUAGCCAUCAAUCAGUCUUGUGUGGUUUCUGACACCUGUUUCACUCAUUGGCAGAUGGCUCUGACAGUCUUGUGUGGGGCGGGGUUUGUGUUGCAGGUGGGAGGGAAACGGAGGAGAGGGGGCGGGAUGGAUAGGAUGAAUGGAUUCCCACGUCCAAGAGGGCAGGGAGCGGGAGAGAGACAUCAAACUGUUUUGUAUUUCUUUUACUCGUCUCUGUUAAUAAACUUGAUUAUUUUUUUUCC